UCUCAAGAGCCUCCCCCAUCCUCUGGAACUCUCUACCCCAAUCUAUCAGACUAUCGCCUACUCUGCUCACUUUUAGGCGAUCUCUGAAAACUUAUCUCUUCAGCGAAGCCUAUCCUGCCCUCAGCUAAUAACGAAUCCUCUGGAACUCUUUACUCCCUCCUCAUUGGCCUACCUCAUCACAGGCUACCCCCUCUUCAACUCAUCCACCUUACUAACCAUGCCGUAUCUACCACCCCUCUCUGCCAAUCCCUCCACUGGUCUCCACUCAGUGUCCUCCACCCCUCUCUGCCAAUCCCUCCACUGGCCUCCACUCAGUGUCUUCCACCCCUCUCUGCCACUCCCUCCACUGGCCUCCACUCAAUGUCCUCCAUCCCUCUCUGCCAAUCCCUCUACUUAUCUCCACUCAGUGUCCUCCAUCCCUCUCUGCCAAUCCCUCCACUGGCCUCCACUCAGUGUCUUCCAUUCCUCUCUGGCAAUCCCUCCACUGGCUUCCACUCAGUGUCUUCCAUCCCUCUCUGCCAAUCCCUCCACUGGCCUCCACUCAGUGUCCUCCACCCCUCUCUGCCAAUCCCUCCACUGGCCUCCACUCAGUGUCCUCCACCCCUCUCUGCCAAUCCCUCCACUGGCCCCCACUCAGUGUCUUCCAUUCCUCUCUGCCAUUCCCUCCACUGGCCCCCACUCAGUGUCUACCAUUCCUCUCUGCCAAUCCCUCCACUGGCCUCCACUCAGUGUCUUCCAUUCCUCUCUGCCAAUCUCUCCACUGGCCUCCACUCAGUGUCCUCCAUCCCUCUUUGCCAAUCCCUCCACUGGCCUCCACUCAGUGUCCUCCACCCCUCUCUGCCAAUCCCUCCACUGGUCUCCACUCAGUGUC